CGCUGGUCGGCGCAGACCCAGUGGGCCGAAGGGCCUGUUUCAGCUAUGUCUCUAAACUAAACCCAAAUGAUUGGCUAGAACAUUAAAUUAGGAUCAUUGUCAUAAAUACUUGUGGCACCGGAGGCAUGUCUUGUGAAGCUCUCUGUAUGAGAAGAGGUUUUUCUGGUCCCUAUAAAUGUUCCUGCUCCAUGCUCAAGCUAUUGACAAAGUUGGUUAAAGUGUCUUUCUUUGGCAUUCACUCAGAGGAGAAACUGUUGGAAUCUAUAACCAUGCUAUUGUGACACCACGCUACUCAGCUGAAAGGCUGCCAGAUUUUAAGGUUGGCUAGGUAAAAAUUUAUUUUUGGAGGAAGAAACAGCAAAUCGCCAGUAUAGGAAUAAAUCUGUUUGCCUUCCUUUUGAUUAUGGAUAGGUGAUAUGCCUGCUAUAAUGGAUGUAGAAUAACAUGCGUUGGGGUGAAGAGAGGUGAGGAUGUUGUGAUGUAAUCUGUGAAAAUUAAUGAAUUUUCUGACCUCCAGUGACAGAGAUUGCAUGUUCUCCCUGUGAUGAUGGGUUUUCUUCAGGUACUCCAGUUUUCUUCCACAUCCCAACGACAUGCAUGUUGGUAGGUUAAUAGGCCAAUAUAUAUAGCUGCUCGAUGUAGGCGAGUGGCAGAAUCUGAGGAGAGUCAAUGGCAUUGUUGGGAGAAUAACAUGGGAUUGGUGUACAGUUAUGGGUGGUUAAUAGUUAGUACAGACUUGAAAAUGUGUUAUUAAGAUAGACUGAAUCUGUGAUGCCAGGAUUACCACAUUGUGGACUGGCCACUUUUCUAUAAUUCUAAUGUAAUAUUAAAACACUUUUUUGCGAUAAAUAGCAUUGUUCCAUUGAAGAUUGGCUACACAUUCAACUUUCCUGUGUAUUUGUAUAGUUGAGGGAAGUAGGGGAAGGAGCUUUUUUAAGAAAUAGAUGUAUAGUGAUCAGUAUUAUUCUGAUUAUUUUAAAAUUUGUAGCAAAGUGUUUUUUGUUCCUUGGCAUUUAACAUGUAGAUAUUCACGAUAUUGACAGGGCAUGGUAAUGGGGAAAAAUGCUUUCCAGUGAAAAUUUUGCCCAUGGAUAAUUUGUGCCUAGACAGCUUGAAUUUAUACCUCAUAAUGUUUGCUCAUAGUUUGAAAGUGGGAAGAAUUAUUAAAUUCAAAGUUUGAGAAUAUGUUACUCUCUUUUGCUUGGACGUCUCGGUAAAGUUUGCUGCUAAUCACUAUAAAAUAUUAUCAAACCUGAUCACCUUGAAAUUACAAAUUUGUUUUAAACAUUGCCCUUGUGCUUUCAUUCACAAAUUUAUAUUCCCUCUUCUUGAGCCCGGUUAAUCAAUUUUGUAAACUUGCUGUUUUUUUGGAAACUAUUUCAGAGAUAGAUUUACGUAGAACCUAUAUCUGACCAUUUAAAAACAUAUUUUGGUUAUAUCUGAUAAUGAAAGCAUAAACAAGAAUAACUGGCCAAUGAAAUUGUCCAAUGCAGCUGAAGUAUUCUAAUGUUGGGCAAUGUUUUUGGGUGUGUCUCGUUUUGAAAAUAUGUUCUUUAAGACGUACAGUUGGCAAAUUUUUUUUUUUUGGAUCGUAGAUUCAUGUUAUUCAGCUAAAGACAAUUGGGUGGCGAGAUUGGUAAAUGCCAUGACAGAUUCUUUAAAAAAACAUCUGGAACUAGUAUUGUGAAAAUAUUGUCAAUCGUUUACACGUAAUACUACCAUCAUAAAACCUGUGUCUUCAUUAGUAGGAUAUGAAGAUUGCUUUAAAGAUUGAUUUUUUUUCAUUAAAAGGAGGAAAAAAUAAUAAACUUACAUUUUAAAUGUUUAAAUGGUAAUUUUAGUUCCUUUCCAGAGGCAGCGUGUUGUAAUUAAUAACGUAGGACAGAUCUUCAUUUCUAUUCAGGUUUGAUGAAGUUUAAAGUUAAAUAUCUCAUGGUUUUAAAGUCCAACAUUCAAACCUAGAAUCAAGGAGAAUGGGACUUGUACUAUUCUACAAUAAUAAAAGGUCAAUUGAACUAAUUGAGAUGAAGGAAACAUCUUCAAAAGAGCUCUUGUUCAGAAUACAUCCAAACAUCCUCAGCUCUUUUCCUCAACAUCCUCCUCAAGUACUUCUCUCCCUAUAAGCUCCCUUCAGCCGUUUAGUUUCUCUUCAAUCCCUUCUCUUGUAUUCUCCAGCUGCUACCACUGAGGCCGACUGCAGCUAUUCAUUCUUUCCAUGUCUACCCCCUCAAGUCUCGAGUGUCCUCCUCCCCAUCUGCCACUCCCCUGAUGCCUUCCCAUUUCCAGUCCCAAUAACGGCUCAAUUAUCACCGUUAUCUUUUGCCUGUUCCCAGUGAGUUCAUGACUUUAUCUGGGGAAAGAGAACCCUGUCAGAGGAUUGCAGAGAUGGUUUAAUGGUUGUGAUGAAAUUUGGAAGAGUUCUUGAUAUAUGCCAUCAAACAUUAUUGCCUUGAUGCUGCACCAGCUCCCUCCGGUAGCUGAGGAAUACCUCCCAGGAAUGCAAUGGGGAUGGUGCCCCUCAAGGUACAAUGAUUUUUACCCAUGUCAAAUUCAAGAAAAACAUAGCAGGCAGCAGAACCUCACAAAAACCUUUGACUUAGAGUUAGGGAACCAGAAGGCACAGCCUCAGAAUAAAAGGACACCUUCAAAAUGGAGAUGGGGAAGAAUUUAUUUAGCCAGAGGGUGGUGAAUCUGUGGAAUUCAUUGCCAUAGACUACUGUGGAGGUCAAGGCAUAGGGAAUUUUAAGGCAGGGUUUAAGAUAGGUUAUUGAUUAGGAAGCACAUCAAAGGUUAUCAGGAGAAGACAGGAGAAUGGCGUUAAGAGGGAAAAAUACAUCAGCCAUGGUUGAAUGAUGGAGUAGACUUGAUGGGCUGACUGGCCUAAUUCUGCUCCUAUGUCUUAUGGACUUUUAUCAGCCAAAUAAUAUUGUGGUGACACCUCAAAUUUGGGUGUUCUCAGAAAUUCAUAAUUUUUCUGUGUCUUCCACAAAAUGACAUGCAAGCCUUGAUUCUAAACAGUGGAAUCCAGCGUGCACCCAAUCAUUAUGCAGCCUGGGGUUGAUCAAAGCUGCAGCAUCAUUCCAGCCCUCCUAUUGCUAUUCAAGUACAACCAUUCAUACAGGUAUCUUUUUUAUCCCAACAUUGAUAGGACAAGAACUUGUGUGUGUAUAUACACCAGCUAUCUCUGAGUUUACAACUCUAAUUAUUUGAUGAGAGAUACCCAUUCUAUCUGCAAUACAAUCAGUUUGGAAUGGAAGUAAUUUAAAAUGUAUUUACUGUCAGCCAUCAGUAGAAUACCCAUUUUGAAUCAAUAUUCAUGUUGAUCUAUUUUCUAUAACAGGGUGAUAUAAUGCUAAAUACUGUACAUUUGAUCAGAUUGAUUUUGAGAGAAGAAUCAAGCCUAUUUUAUCAGAGGUCAGAUUGAUUUUGCCAUCACUUAAGUUCCAGGUCUCUGACCGUAACCUGUUUUUGUAGCUGAAAGCUAAACUGGACAUGGGAGCAUCAUCAACCACACGGAACGAUUUUAUUUCUGCAUAUGCAAAUGCAUAACUUGAUGGACCGAAUGUUGUGACAUGAACACUGUCACAUAAUCCUAUGAUUCACAGACAGUAGUAAAAUAUCUGUUUUCGGAUGAUUUCCAAAAAUAUUCUUCCGUGUUUGACACUAAGAAAUUCAGCUGGUUGUCAUGAUCUGCACUGUAAACUUUUGGGUUGCGACUUUCAGAAAUAUCCUUUCAAACGCCUCGACCUCCACUUAGACAAAUCUUGGAAAUGGUGUUGAUAUGUGUAGUUAAUAAACCUUUCAUAUUUCAUCAUUUAUUGCUUGUAACAGGUAAACGGGUUGAACACAGGUGCAUUUUUGUUAAACUGAAAUGUACAUGCCAUCGUGUUUCUUGGAAGUAUUGCAUCAUGUUAUUUUUCACCUUUGCAGUAGAACAGUUGAGCAUGGAUUUUCUCGACUGCACACAUACACUCCUCCUCAAUAUGUGCCAGAGAACACUGGCUAUACUUACGCGCUCAGUUCCAGCUAUUCUGCAGAGGCAGUAGACUUUGAAAGCACACAUAGAUUGCAUCCAGUAUACGAUUCACCAAGAAUGUCUCGACGCAGAUUGAGGCCUGUCAGUACGGAAUAUUACUCUGCAGAAAACUUGCACAAUGAGAGCAUUGGCAGCAAUCACUCUUUUGCAGGCAGUGUUUCAUCCUAUAAAGAAUCUUCAUCAAGAAGUGCAAAACAACAGCAGCAGAAGCACAGAAGCGUAUCCAAGCAGACUGUAUCCGUGUCAUGUACUCCAAGAAAACGCAUGAUGGAGUCUUCAGUUAGCGGUCAGAGCAGCAUCCUGAGCUGUGCAAGUGAUGUAUCAAUGAUAUCGACAGUGUUAGAUGAGUCUUCAAUACGGGAAAAAACAGAAUUGGAUCACUUCUGGGGACUGGAUGAGGACGAUGGAGACAGUAAAGGAGGAAAUACAACUUUGAUUCAAGCAAAUGGGGACAUACUAACAGGAGAAAUGCAGAUGGCAAUGUUCAAUGGUUACACCUGCACUGACUGCAGCAUGCUUUCUGAACGAAAAGAUGUUUUGACGGCACACUGUGCCUCUCAUGCAACUACUUCUACCGUGUACUCCAGGAGCAGAAACAAAGACAAAUCAAGAGGAGUGAUGUUGUUCACAAGUCACGCACAUCGACUGGCAAAGUAUGCUGUAUCUACUACUGCCGCUUGGCUUUUACAACUUUAUCAAACAAUAUUGUUGAAGACUGGUUUUAGCUCCCGAAGUACAUCCCAUUCAAGUUACUGUGGACGAAUGAAUGUAAAAGAAUUGAUUACUGGGGAUGGACACUUGCAUAUAAAUGGGGAGUCCUUGUGUGAUGACUGUAAGGGGAUGCAACACGAUACAUAUAAAUCCACUGACAUGGAGUCCACAAAGUACAUGAAGCAUACACAAGUCACACGGACGAUCUGGCUGGUCUUUUCUUAUGCAGGCUCAUUGUUGCUGCAAAUGAUCCAGGCUGUUGGUGCUGUUGCCUGGUUUGUAUCCAGGAAGGUCUUGUCUAUUCUGUGGUUGGCCAUUGUAUCUCCAGGAAAGGCUGCUUCUGGAGCAUUUUGGUGGCUUGGGACUGGAUGGUACCAGCUGAUUACUUUAAUGUCCCUUCUUGAUGUAUUCUUGCUCACCAGGUGUCUUCCCAGAUUACUUAGAUGGUUGUUCUUAUUGAUUCCAUUUCUUCUUCUAUUUGUUGGCCUGCGGUACUAUGGACUGGCAGGCUUGUGGUCAUUGUUGCCAAUCUUCAAUGGAACGGCGUUACAAACAGCACUGCUUUCAAAAGAAAUUGUACCAAAUGUUCAAACAAAUGAGGAGAUUCCAAGUUCUCCACCGAUUACCCUGAAUACUGGACACUCUUUUGAUUGGAGUCGUGUGGCAGAGUUGGAAAAGCAGGUUGCCGUUCUGAAUGGCAAGUGUGAUCAGACCACCCACACUGCAGACGUUCAUUACAGUCAGCUUAUUGGUUUGUUAGAGAAGCUACAGGAGCAGGUCAGAGAGAUGAGCGAUAAAGAGAGAAUCUCCAUCCUCAUCAGAAACUUGAUCAGCCAGCAUUCAAAUGUGCUGCGAGAAGAGAUAAAGUUGGAAACAAGUGAUCAUUCCCAGAACCAGUUUUUGGCUUUGCAUCAGAAGCAUGAGUUACGAAUUGCUGAACUGGAGUUGAUGUUUCAGAGCUUGUCUAACAGAUCAGAGGAGAUGUACAAAGAGGUGGAAUCAACAAAGGAUACAAUUGGAAGCGAGAACGAGGAACAGUACCAGCACCUUGAAUCUGAACUGAAAAGAUUAGAUAUAGAACUAUCCACCAUAAGGUCAGAAUUGUCAAGCAUGCAAGAGCUAAAAGCAUCCUGUGCAAAGAUGGAUGGAAUUCAAGGAAGCGUAGAGAGUCAGGUCAAAGAAUUGGUCAGUUUGCUGGUUUUUGGGGGCAAGCAAACUUCACCCGAGUCCUUCAAGGAAUGGCUGUCCUCUCAAUUUGCCAGUCACAGUGAACUUCAGAUCCUUUUGAAAGAUUUGGAAAUGAAAAUCCUUACAAAUCUUACUCGACACUGGAUCGAGACAAAACAACUGCCAGAUGCACGGGUAGCUGCUUGUGCAGUGAAUAAUGCUGGGAUCAGUGGCAUUUCAGAGGAGCAAGUACAUGUAAUAGUGGGCAAUGCUUUAAAACUGUACAGUGAAGAUAGGACUGGAAUGGUGGAUUUUGCUUUGGAAUCUGGAGGUGGUAGCAUCUUGAGCACACGUUGUUCUGAAACCUAUGAGACUGCAACAGCUGUGAUGAGUCUUUUUGGAGUUCCACUUUGGUAUUUCUCUCAGUCUCCUCGAGUAAUAAUUCAGCCAGAUAUUCAUCCUGGAAACUGCUGGGCAUUCAAAGGAUCCCAAGGUUAUUUGGUUAUUCGGCUUUCUGUGGAGAUCUAUCCUUUUGCUUUCACUCUGGAGCAUGUACCAAAGUCUCUUUCACCAGCGGGCAAUAUUAGCAGCGCACCCAAAGAUUUCAGUGUUUACGGUCUAGAGGAUGAGUAUCAAGAGGAAGGUGCAGUUUUUGGAAAAUACACAUAUGACCAGGAUGGAGAAGCAAUACAGACUUUCUUCAUCGGGGAGAAAAGCUUGAAGAAAUACCAAAUAAUUGAACUCCGAAUAUUCUCCAACUGGGGACAUCCGGAGUAUACAUGUCUCUAUCGGUUCAGAGUACAUGGCGACCCUGUGAAUCAGUGAAGAGUCGAUUGUGCUCGUAUUGUAAAAAAGAUUGUGUAUAUACUGGAAGGUUCGGGGCUAAUUCUGGACUCUGGAAUUUGUUCUUGGGAACUAUGGCAUGAAUAACGCAUAUUGUUGAAUCGCCUACUAUCGGACGCUUUCCAAAAACUGCCAGCUGUACUGUUAACGGCUUUGUCAUCUUUUUUAGAGCAUUUCUUUGUCUCAAUUUUAUUUUGGUGAAAGUCUGGUGUUUGUCGUGAAACAGCAGUAUCGAAUGCCUUUCUAUUUGGAAAGGGGGUGCAGGGUGGAACUUGUACAGAGCAUUUUUAUUAGAUAUUGGAUAAUGCUUAUUUGUAUAUUGCACAAAAGUCCUUGUAUUUGUAAAAAGGAAGAUUCAGAAGGUAUGAACUUGUAUUAACCAAUAUAAUCAUAUAUUUAACUUUCGGCAUAAAACCUGUGGCCUAUGUAGAAAGACUUGGAAUAUGAAAUGCACUCUUUGUAAACUAUAUGAAACUGGUCAUAUUUCAGUCUGUAAAGUGGAAUUAGGGAUUUGGAGAAAGGAACUUUGUGAAUAAUUAUAUUUAUUUUUCAAGAGCAACACAGGACUUUGUGCAAUGUAUUUUUGUAAAUUUUUUCACACUUUGUCUCGAAGUGUUUUUAUUUUCUUAGCCGUCGCAGAACUGACAAUGCUAUUCGGAUGUUUAAAUAAAGAAUUUAAAUUUUUUUUGAGGCUGCAUGUACUUGAGAUGCGUAAUAAAGAGUAAACUUACUUUUGUGUAAACUUUAUACUUGGAUAUGCUAAAUUUCCAAUAGUUACAAGCUCUUUAGAUGCUGCGUAUCUAAUUUAGGGUCCAGUUUAAGAAUAAACUGAUCAGUAAACUUCAAAGUUAUCAUCUGGGACAUUACUGGAGUGGAAGGUAGAAGCAUAAAUACUGAGGAAUAUUUUUAGGGAUGCAGAAAAAAAAGAAGGAAAAUUCAACACAAGCUGAAUGUUGUCCUUGGGCUUUAAGUUCUGCUAUCUUUUUAGUAAUUGUGGAUUAUGUGAAGGUUUAGAAAAUAAUACAACAGUUGAGUGGGUUAGGCCCAUGUUCAGAGGAGUUUGGAAGGAAAAGCAGUGAUAUUAUUGAAUUGUAAAAGAUUGAGGGAGUUUGACAGGAUGGAUGCUGAGAGAAUGUUUCCGUCAUGGGAAACAUGAAGACUAGGAGGAAAACUUUCUCAAUAAGCAGUUGCCUUUUUAAGAGUGAAACGUGGAAGAAUUUCUUGAGGUUUGUGAAUCUAGAAUUUCCCUACAAAAGAGAGCUGUAAAAGUUGAGUCAUUGAAUAUAUUCAGGACUGAAAUAGAUUUUAGUUCUCUCCGGAGAUGAAAUUAAGCAGGAAAGUUGAAUUAAGGUCAAUAAUGUGUCAACCGUGAAUAGCGAAGAAGAUUUGAGAGCCUAAAUAGCUCAUGCAUGCUCCUAUUGGUAUUAACACAAAGUGCUGGAGGAACUCAGCAAGUCAGGCAGCAUCUCUGGAGGGAAUGGACAGGCAACCCAGAACGUUGUCUAUCCAUUUCCCUCCACAGAUGCUGCCUGACCUGCUGUGCCCCUCCAGCACUUUGUGUUUGGCGAGAUUCCAACAUAUAGUUUCCUGUGUCUCUUAUUUGUAAUGGUCUUUCCACAAUGUCUGCAUUGGAAGAUACUGCAGUUGACAAUGUUUUGAUCAGAAUCGUGCAGCAAAUCAGAUUGAGCUUGAGUACAACGGUUGUGUAGCGCACACGGAUAACCUCGAUGGGAAAAUGGCAUGGAGGGUACAAGAAUCAUUGAGUAAAUAGGUUAGGAACCACCAAAUUGGAAUUAUUUCCGCAUCGUGAGUUGGUGUGCCUUAAAGACCUAUGUACUCUUUUGUGAUGACCAAAGUACAUGUUAGAUGCAGUGUAUCAAUUAUUUAUCCACUGAAAGCACUACAAAAAAACCUGCACAGGGAAAGUGGAUGGCACCAAUGACCAUGCCACUGUUGGAAAAUUGUGACAACAAACUUGUUCUAGAAUAAAUAAGACGUUUGCCCUUCUUGAAGCGCUACUGACUACUGAGUGGUUGCAUGGGUUGUGGCUGCCCCUUGGUGCUGCACCCAAUUGGCCAUUAUUUAUAUGGAGUGAUUGGAGAAGUUGGGAUUCUUCUUGAGGUGAGACAGUAGAGAUUUAAUGGAAUGAUCAAAAGUGGGCUUUUGACAAAGGGAAACAGUUUCCUGUAGUGGGACAGUAACCAAAAGAUACCGAUGAAUGAUUAGCAAAAGAACCACGGAUCAGUUUACGUAAAUCAGUGUAAUGCAUUGACAGAAUGCACUGCCAGAAGGGUGUAGCUAAAUCUGAUUCUGUAAUAACAUACAAAAUGAAAGUAGUAAUUUAAAAGUGCAAGGCUAUGUGGAAAAGUGGAAUUAAUUGGAUACCUUGGAUCAGAAGUUGACACAAGCAUGGAGAUCUAUGUAGCUGCUUUCUGUACAGAAUGUAUUCUGAUUGUAUGUAUCAGCCAGAACGAGGAGGGAACCAAGCUCCCCAGCUGCUUCACAAAAAGAGCUUCCAUGCUUUCUAGUUGGAGUUAAGGGGCAGAAACACUGGGUGCUUUUUCUGGGCUGACAAUUUUGUACUUCCCUUGCUUGGGCCAGCUAAGUGGGCUGUUAUAUCUAGCAUCUUAAUGCCUAGUUUAAUGUUUUCCAGGAGAGUCAUUACAAAGCAAUCAAGUGAGCACAAUUUUACUCGUAAUAUGAUUAUGUUGUUAAAUACUUAGACCAGGCAGAGAGAUAGCAGUUACUUUGGAAGUUGUACAUUCCUAUGUUCCGGAAACCAGCUUUGACCAAAAUUUGCUUCCUUGAGAUGUGUGGACUUCUCUCCAUUUCUAUGGAAAAGCAUUGGGACCUGAUGGAGGAUUUGAGACAAAAGCUUGGAUUCUAGUUUAUGCUUUACUGCAUAGUGUUGUGAUUUAAAUGCAAGCACUACUGAACGUUUAAUAGUCCACUUUUAGAUCCUUGAAUGUGUUGUUACCUAAUGAAAUAAAACUGAUGCUAUUUGCCUAAGAUUUGUACAGGAAUAUAUAAUCACAGCCAAAUGUUAUCUCUUUUGAUUGUUGGUUACAAUGAAACUUGCUGGUGGGAUGUACUUAAUGUUAUUUGAUGUGAAAACUAUUUACUGCCGCUGAAAUUGAACCUGUGGUUGAGGUGGCUUGUGCGCAGAGAACUGCAAUUCCAGCACUAGGUGAAAGGAAACUGGUACUCUUGGUUAUUUCAAUCUCUCUGACCAUUGGUGUUCAGGCAAUGAGCUGAUGUUCCUGCCCAAGAGAAAUGGACAGCUGCAAACUGAUACCUCAAACAUCUCCGCAAGGUAUUCUGUACGUUUCUAAAUGUUUCUAAACAAUUUCCAAUUGUUGCUGCAAGUACUGACAAGUAUUUGGGGAUUCUCCUUUUUGGAAUGCAGCACAUCAAAGAAAUCACGACCUUCCAAGCAAGGAACAAAUCGGGAGACGACACGCCCUCAUUCAGAUAUGCCUCUAAGUUCUCUGAGCAGCGUUGUGUUCGUAAGCAUCUGGCAAGGAAUAAUUUGUUGGCAUCUUGGGGGCUGUUGAGAUAAGAAUGAGCUGAAUUUCCCUGAUUCUGAAUGAGGAAUAUCUGCCCUUCAAUGUGCAGUUGAUGAAAGUUGGCUUGGGCCCAAAUCUUGACAUCUCCAUUUUCUAAAGCUGUUUAUUACUGGACUUGAUAAAUCUGGACUGUUGUGUGCUGCCACCUUUUGGACUACCAUGAUAUCAGCUCCAUUAAACAGACCUUGCAGGAGGAAGAUGGAAAGAAUACCCCGGUCAUGAUGAGUCUCGGAUCUGUGAUGAAGUUUAAUUAAGUUUGAAGGUUUUAUAAAUCUAUAUUGUUGCCUGGUCACGUCUUUCUUUGAUCUUUUAUUUCAGUUUGAUUUUAUAAAUAAAAAUAAACCAAUUAAUGAAAA